ACAAGCUUCAAUUUCAUUAUGACGCAUUGGCUCAACCAUUCAACUUCCUAUAUAAGUACACACUGUUCCACGCGAAGUCUUCCACACACAACCACCUCAUUCUCCCCUGUAACUAUCUUGAAUACCUACUAUACCCAAAUCAUGGCCUCCAACGGCAAAGCCAAACAGAAGGAAGUCGCUGAUGAUCAUCUAGAGCACUCGUCUUCGGAAGAGGAGGAAGAGGAGGUCGACCAUACCCUCCCGGAAGCGAGCACACCGUCCACCAGCAGCAAGAAAAAGAAGAAAAAGCGGUCUAAGGCGAUGAAGGCACUCAAUGCUAUCCGUGGUGGGGGCAAAGAUCAUAUACCUCAGGAGCUAGUGAACGUGGUGCUUGACAAAGUCAAGAACGAACCUGGAGGUUCCGUUCCUGAAGCAGAUGAAGCGACUGUGCGGAUGGCAUUGGAACAAAUGAAGAUCAAGGAGGUUCUACAGGGCACGAGCGGGAUCGGGGGAAAGAACAAGAAGGAUACCGGAAGCCACAAGUUCUGGGGAACUCAGCCUGUGCCUCAAUUCGGCGAGGAGGCACCGACCGGAGAUGGGUGGAUCGAACCUCCGAAACGUCGUGAGGAAUUUCGACAGGAACCAUACCCUCUGCCGAAAGAUUUCGAAUGGUUCCCCAUCGACUUGGAAGAUCCUGCGCAGCUCCGGGAAUUGUACGAGUUACUCUCUGCUAACUACGUGGAAGAUGACGAUGCCUCCUUCCGAUUCCAAUACUCUGCCGAAUUCUUGAAGUGGGCUUUACAACCUCCAGGUUACCGCAAGGAAUGGCAUGUUGCGGUGCGCGUAGCUUCGAACAAGAAGUUGGUCGCAUUUAUCGCCGCAGUGCCAAUAAAACUUCGUGUGCGAGAUCACAUGCUGAACGCGUGCGAGGUUAACUUCAUCUGUGUACACAAAAAACUCCGCUCGAAACGACUUGCACCCGUGCUGAUCAAGGAAGUCACUCGACGAUGUAAUCUCGGGGGCAUCUUCCAAGCGUUGUAUACCGCUGGUGUGGUCCUACCCACGCCAGUUGCUACGUGCAGAUACUACCAUCGCUGCCUGAAGAUUAACAAACUAGUGAACAUCCGUUUUGUCGGCGUACCUCAGAACAUGACGUUGGCUCGCAUGAUUCGUCUAAACAAAGUGCCUGAAAGGCCCCGUUUACUCGAGCCUCAACAUGGUCUCCGUGAGAUGGAAGACAAGGAUAUACCCGAGGUGACCGCGCUUUACGAAAAAUUCAUGAAGCGAUUCGACACGGCACUACAGUUUACUGAGGAAGAGGCCAGACAUCACUUCCUCAGCGGGAGGGGAACUGGACCUUCGACGAAAGACAGUUGGAAAACCCCAAGGGAAGGUCAAGUCGUCUGGGCGUAUGUCGUCGAGGAUCCUAAGACACACAAGAUUACCGACUUCUUUUCGUUCUACUCGCUGCCGUCAACCGUCAUUGACCACCCCAAACACAAUCUACUGAACGCAGCAUAUCUUAUGUACUACGCUACGGAUGUUGCUUUCCAGGACGGCGCCGAACAAAGCGGUCGUUUGAAGAAGCGGUUAGAAGAACUCAUCGGCGAUGCUCUGGUCAUCGCGGAUCAGUCAAACUUCGAUGUCUUUAAUGCUCUGACACUUAUGGAUAACUGCCUGUUCUUGCAAGACCUCAAGUUUGGCGGUGGCGACGGAAUGCUCAAUUUCUACUUGUUCAAUUGGAGAACCUCACCACUUGCGGGGAUCAAAGCUAUUGGAGACGUUCCUGCAGGUAGAGGGAUAGGUGUUGUAAUGCUCUGAUAGGUUGUUAUGUUGUACAUCAAUGCCUAUCAAUCGUCAUCUCGAAUGCUAGAUAUCGCUCGUCCAAUCGUACACUGGGUCGUAAGCUAUGCAAAGCUUCGAAGGCUAAUGGCACUAGUCGCUGUCUAUAAUAAUCACAUCAUCGUCACUGUCCACACCAAAGUCGACCUCGGGUGAUGGACUCCUGUUUUUCUUCUGGGGACGGCGUUGAGGAAUGACGGGGACAGCGGCGCCGCCAGCUCCUCUGGGCCUAUUCUGAGGUGGUUGAGAUCGUGAUCCAAGAGUUUGGCCUCCAGAACCCCAUUUCUUCUCCUCUGGAGGCGGAGAAGGUGACUGCUGCACUUCCCUCUGUUUACCUUUGCUAGAACCAGUCAACGUGCUUCCUGACCCAGAAAAUGCCGCCGACUCCAAGACAAGAUCAGUUGAUUUAUUCCGGAGUUCACAGCAGAGAAAAUGACUCACUUGGGAAUUUGAUGGCUGAGGUUCUGACUUAGGAGGAGGCGUGUACGCUGCAACAUUGAAGCCGAAGAACAACUUGCCAAACGGAAGAUUUAGUGGAGCAGGUGCGGUGACCUCUCCCUCGAGGCUGCUACUGGUGACAACCCGAUGUUUACUGGAAAACUUCAACUAAGUGUGAAGAUUGCCAAAUAAAGCAAGCGACUUACUCUGUUCGGAUAAUCUUCGAGUCCUUCUCCACUUCCUCAAUCUUCCUAUGAGUAAUACCCUUACCCUUCGUUUUCCUUCCGCCUAAGGUCUCUCCCUUGCCUUUGAAACUCUCCCAUUGAUCACCUCCUUUACUGACCUGACCCACUCUGGCAGUGCUAGCAAAUGUCCCUGCAAGAGCUGAUGACGGUCGCGAAGAUCCUGGUGUUGAUGAAUUGACAUCAAUGUUGAGCUUGGAUGCCAUGG